UGUAAAGGGGAAGGCGUGAGAGGCUGUGGAGGGGCGAGAAGCGCUGUUUUAACAUUGAGGCAGCAGAAAAGUUAUCCUGAUGCCGGGAAGUGCUUUUUCUAAGGACGAGACUUCGAAAGGCGGAGACUAUGUUGGCGGUUAUCCCCUCCAGGUCAGGGCCGCCGUGACGGGAAGACGCCGCGCUCUUCCUGGACUGCGAGUCGGGGUUUCCCGAGGAGCCCUGGCCGCCUCGCCGCCGCCUGUGUCCUGGGAGAGGCUUCCGGGAUGCUCCUACCACCGCCGGCCGUGGGCGCGUCCAGUCUUUCUUCAGACUCGGCUCCGUGAGAGCUGCCUGCCUCCUGCUGCGUCCGGUGCUGCCUCCGCUGCCAGCCCGCGCUCCAGACCACGCCCAACCCGUCCUCGCCCGCAGCCGCCGCCUGUCCCCGUCCCCUCUCCAGCCUCUCUCAUCACCUUCCCGGGAGGAGGGGGCGAGCCUCGGCCGGAGCCGCACAGCGGGCACCCUGGAGAUUUCCGCAGCGUCCCUCCCCGCGCGGCAGGGAAACGGCUCUUCCUUACCCCAGAAGCACCUGCCUGGUUCUCCCUGCACCAUUCACAGGAACGCGGUGUCCACCCCUCCACAGUCCAGAGGAAAACCCCGGCGUUGGCGGUCGUGGGCGUUUGGCCGCGCUCCCGGGUGUGUGGCCCACCCGUCGCAUCCUCCCUUCUGCUCCGCAACGUCCUGGUCCGUGAAAACGACCCGCCCAAGGAAAGGCAGGAGGGACGCGGCGGGAAGUCAGGCGCUCGCAGGCCCGCGUGUCCCGGAAGCUCCUACCCCGCGGCGCGGGCUCCGCAGAGCGCGGCGGCUCCACGCACCCCGGAGCCCCGGCGGGAACGCAGGAGGCCCAGGAGCGAUCAGGACGCCGCAGGCAGGAGCCGGGCCUGCCACGGAUACAUCGACUUCCAUGAGGACGAGCCAUUGACUUCCGCCCCCAGCGGGGGACGUUGUCUUGCUCAGAUAUGCAAUAUUCCAACCAAGACCGAAGGCAACUUUCAGUUGAUUAACAUGAAUAAAUGGGUUAUUAAAAUGUUGAGAAAACGUGCUUGGCUUGGGGACCAUCGUCACUAACGGGUGCUCCGGAUCCCUGAUCCGGGAAUUUCUGACCAAAAGCAGCCGACCAAAGACUGACACAGUGGCUGGGAACGGUGGAUAACGGUCAACUCACAACUUAAUCUGUUUGAUCGUAAAAGAUGAAAGGACUGAGGCAUGUUGGUGCAGUGAUGUGGGCAAGUGUGGGUGAGUUCGGCACAUCCCCCACCUGAGAGAACACAACUGGAAGGAUCUCUGUGGUCUUAAUGGAGGGCAGUCAACAUUAUUACAUGAACGUUUCAGAUGUCAUCUGCUUUGAUAUUUUGGUUUCGGCCAUGAAAGCAGAAAAUCAAAGUUUUGGAACAGAUUUUCUACUUGGUCUUUUCCAGUAUGGCCGGAUAAACUCUCUUCUCUUUGUUGUCAUUGCCACCAUCUUUACAGUUGCUCUGACAGGAAAUAUCAUGCUGAUCCACCUCAUUCGAUUGGACACCAGACUCCACACUCCAAUGUACUUUCUGCUCAGUCAGCUCUCCAUCAUUGACCUCAUGUACAUCUCCACCACCGUGCCCAAGAUGGUGGUCAACUUCCUCUCACAGAGUAAGACCAUUACAUUUAUGGGCUGUGAGAUUCAAACGUAUGUGUUCUUGGCCCUUGGUGGAACUGAAGCCCUUCUGCUUGGUUUUAUGUCUUGUGAUUGCUAUGUAGCUAUCUGUCACCCUUUACAUUAUCCUAUACUUAUGAGCGAGAAGAUCUGCUGCCUCAUGGUUGCAUGUGCGUGGGCCGGUGGUUCUGUCAGCACUUUCAUACAUACAAUGUAUGUGUUUCAACUUCCAUUCUGUAGGUCUCGGCUCAUUAACCAUUUUUUUCUGUGAAAUUCCAGCUCUAAUGUCAUUGGUGUGUCAGGACACCUCCCAUUAUGAGUAUACAGUCCUCCUGAGUGGACUUAUCCUGCUGCUACCAUUUCUGGCCAUUCUGGCUUCCUAUGCUCGUGUGCUUAUUGUGGUAUUUCAGAUGAGCUUGGGAAAAGGACAGGCAAAAGCUAUUUCCACUUGUUCCUCCCACCUGAUUGUGGCAAGCCUGUUCUAUGCAACUGCUCUGUUUACCUACACGAGGCCACACUCCUUGCGUUCCCCUACACGGGACAAGGUGGUGGCAGUAUUUUACACCAUUAUCACACCUCUACUGAACCCAUUGAUCUAUAGCCUGUGAAAUAAGGAAGUCACAGGGGCAAUGAGAAGACUGUUGGGAUAAUGGAUAUGCCGUAGAAAAUAUGACUUCAGAACCUUGUAUUGAUUGAGCAUUAACAACAUUAAAAGCUAUUCCUGAAAACUAUCUGGAAAGAUGUAAAUAAAUGUUUUCUGUAUAGAAGUCACAAAAACAGUGUUUGUCAAACUUGUUUAACUUCUAAAGCAGUAGAAUUCAGCCUUUUCAACCCAGUGUUACCCUGGCAUUUUAAUAUUUUGACUUGCCCUCUUGAACAUCUGAAAUGUGAACCAUAAAAAUAAAAUCUACCCAAACAUUUAACAUCAAGAUAAUCUAUAUAACAACCAAAGUUAAUAGAGAGAAAAAUGCAGAAUGUACUCAUGUACUCAGGUGUUUCAAUGCCUUAAUUUUGUGUGUGACACUGUUACAGGGACUGGUCUUGUGAGAGUAAAUAAAAUAAAAGCUGACAGAAAUCUCUGCUGAUCAGCAACCUUAAUUCCGUCUGCCACUUUAGUUUCCCUUUGCCAUAGAAGCUGACAUAUUCACAGUUGCUAGAGGUUAGGACAUGUGGACCUCUUUGGUGGGCCAUUUUUCUCCCUACGUGUUUAAUGUU